AUGGCACUGUUUGAUAAGAGCUGGGAGGAACAAUUUUCCCUACUGAGGGUCACAGCGAUGGACGAACAUGAUGACACUGAUCCUCCCGGCAAUUAUAACACAUGUUUAUUGCAUUUAAGUGACGAAAUUCUCGUUCUCAUUUUAAGGCAACUUGACGCCAUAUCUCUGCUGAGAGUUGGCAGCACCUGUAGAUUACUAUUCCGCGUUUGUUCCUGCAACUCUCUGUGGGCACAGCACUUCCAAGCUUCAUUCGGAGUGCCGUAUGCCAGUGCCACGUGUAACAUUAUCGCCAAAAACGCCUUCCGUUUACUGUUUAUGUGGAGGACGCUGUACGGAAAUUUGCACUUCAACCGAUCCCUUCAGGAGAAACUGUUUGCAAGAAUCCCAUUGCCGCCGCUUAAGUACUGGAUCCAGUGGCUCGUUCUAGAGGAGUGCGUUCCUUUGCCCUCCGUGCGGCUCCCAUGUGCUGAGAUAGAACAUCUGUGGGGAAUUAGUAAGACUGUACUUGAAGCCAAAGUCAAAGAGACAAACAAAGACUGUGAAAUCUUCAAGUUUGAAUGGAAGACCCUGUAUAACCUUGCCAUCACACACCAUGGAAGUACUGCAAUGGUUGUCCACCAUGUUCUCAACCAGCAGAGAAGCAAUGAUCACACAGAGCUGGAGUCCAUGUACCACCAAUAUGUCCAGUGCAGAUUCCAGUGGCUCUUCACUUACUGGCUCUUCCGCCAGCCACCCCCAUUUAACCGUCAGCUGCGAGCCAUCUACCUGCAGUGGAUCAAGCACAACAAGAGGAAGGUUUCCACAUGGGGCGAGUCACUGUGUGAUGUCAGAUAUCUGGCCUCACUGCACCGCAUUACUAGUGACUACUGGAGAGGCAGAUUAGCGCAGGGUGAUGAGAGUGUGGGGAUCCAGACAGUGGAAAACUACUUUUCAAUGUGCAAAUCACUAGUGGCCUGGAUUCUAGGACGUGACUGGGGGAGACUGAAACGAAGAAAGGUUUAUGAGGACACUCUAGAAGGUGUGUAUUUGGUGCUGAGGAGGGAAAUGCAGAAUAAGCUGAUUGAACAUGAGACAUUCUGGCAAGUGGCCAAAAUCCAGAUGACAAGGGUCUGUACUCUGGAGGAGACUGCUGCAAACUACGUCAACUGGAAAAUGAUUGAGAUGCUGCCGUACUACAGGCUGUACUUGGUGUCAGGCAAUGCAGUCUAUUUGGCACAUGUGAAAGGCUUUCUGCGAAGGAAGUGGCUGGUCCAUAACUGGAUACAUUUGGAGGAGAACGCCUGGGCCCUACAGGUUCUUCCAGAUGAGUUUUACUCUCUGCUGGAGUUUGACACCAAGAUCUCUCAGGACAGCUUACAUGGAGACUCCUUGGUUUCACAGCUAAGUCGGGUCAUCUGGUUGUACCUGAACUCAGGUCAGGUCCUGUACCUGGAGGUCGUAAAGGGAAUGGUCCUGCAGUGUGCUCAGGCGCAUCUGGGCUGCUAUAAUCUGUCAUAA